CUUCACUUCUCUUUCUCUACCUUACCAUAUUGCAUGGUCGUUUCCUUCGUAUUGUCAUCCUCUUUCGUUUCACAUUCGUUUUAGGGUUCAUCCCUUUCAGUUUUUCAGUUCGUUUGAGCUCGCACCUUUCUGAGAAUCAGAAAAAAUGGCAGGAAAUGGCAAUGGAGCAGAAUUCAGUUUCGUAGGUACUGCUAAUGGGAAUGGAACAGCAAGAAAUGGAUUAGCAAAGAUACAAACAUAUGAAAAGAAACCAAAUGGAAUAUGUCAUGAUGAUACCGCAGCUCCCGUGAAAGCUCAAACUUUAGAUCAACUUCAUUCCUUCCAAAAGAAAAAAUCUGCUCCUACGACUCCUAUCAAAGGUUCUCAGGGUGCUUUAUUCGCUGAAGAAGAUCGCAGUAAACAACAACUCCAAUCCAUCAGUGCUUCUUUGGCAUCACUAACAAGGGAGACAGGACCAAGAGUGGUGAAAGGAGAUCCAGCAAAGAAAGGACCUGAAACCCCAAAGGCUUCACAUGUGUCGCAUCACCACCAUUUCACACCCACUCUCAGCAUCAGUGACAGUGCUCUCAAGUUCACCCACAUCCUCUACAAUCUCUCGCCUGCAGAGCUGUAUGAACAGGCGAUUAAGUAUGAACAUGGAUCAUUCAUAACAUCAAGUGGAGCAUUAGCAACUUUAUCAGGUGCAAAAACUGGUAGAUCUCCAAGAGAUAAAAGGGUUGUUAAAGAUGAAACCACUGAGGAUGAGCUCUGGUGGGGAAAGGGCUCACCAAACAUUGAAAUGGAUGAACACACCUUCUUGGUUAACAGAGAAAGAGCUGUGGAUUACUUGAACUCACUGGAUAAGGUGUUUGUGAAUGAUCAAUUCUUGAACUGGGAUCCAGAAAACAAAAUCAAAGUCCGGAUUGUAUCAGCUAGAGCCUAUCACUCCUUGUUUAUGCACAACAUGUGUAUUCGACCCACACCUGAAGAGCUGGAGGAUUUUGGUACUCCGGACUUCACUAUUUACAAUGCUGGUCAGUUUCCAUGUAAUCGUUACACCCAUUACAUGACUUCCUCUACUAGCAUAGACCUUAAUCUUGCUAGGAGGGAAAUGGUUAUCCUCGGUACCCAGUAUGCCGGGGAAAUGAAGAAGGGUCUUUUCAGCGUAAUGCAUUACCUCAUGCCUAAACGUCAAAUUCUCUCCUUACACUCUGGUUGCAAUAUGGGAAAAGAUGGCGAUGUUGCCCUCUUCUUUGGUUUAUCAGGUACUGGAAAAACAACUUUGUCUACUGACCACAAUAGGUAUUUAAUUGGAGACGAUGAGCACUGUUGGAGUGAGAAUGGUGUUUCAAACAUUGAAGGUGGAUGCUAUGCCAAGUGCAUUGAUCUCUCAGGAGAAAAAGAACCUGAUAUCUUCAACGCUAUCAAGUUUGGAGCUGUGUUGGAAAAUGUUGUAUUUGAUGAGCACAAUCGAGAGGUGGACUACACAGACAAAUCUGUGACAGAGAAUACUCGUGCUGCAUACCCUAUAGAAUACAUCCCCAAUGCGAAGAUACCUUGUGUAGGGCCACACCCUAAGAAUGUCAUUCUUUUGGCAUGUGAUGCUUUUGGUGUGCUCCCACCAGUGAGCAAACUGAACCUGGCGCAGACCAUGUAUCACUUCAUUAGUGGUUACACUGCUCUGGUUGCUGGAACAGAGGAAGGAAUCAAGGAACCACAGGCAACCUUUUCAGCCUGUUUUGGAGCCGCAUUCAUCAUGUUGCACCCUACCAAAUAUGCUGCUAUGCUUGCUGAGAAGAUGCAGAAGCAUGGUGCUACAGGGUGGCUCGUCAACACUGGAUGGUCCGGUGGAAGCUAUGGUUCAGGUAACCGUAUCAGGUUGCCCUACACUCGAAAGAUCAUUGACGCCAUCCAUUCUGGCAGUCUCCUGAAUGCAAAUUUCAAGAAGACCGCAGUGUUUGGACUCGAGAUCCCUACUGAAGUUGAGGGAGUUCCAUCAGAAAUCUUGGAUCCAAUGAACACUUGGUCAGACAAGGAUGCCUACAAGGAGACAUUGUUGAAGCUUGGUGGACUAUUCAGGAAGAACUUUGAUGUCUUUGCAAGCUACAAGAUUGGUAAAGACAGCAAGCUCACUGAAGAGAUCCUUGCGGCUGGUCCUGUAUUCUGAUCAAUCUUUUAGAAGAUGACUACUUGAGAAGAUAGGACAAUGAAAUGAUAAUAAAGAUAAUGAUGAAAAGACAAUAAAAUUAGUUGUUUGUUAGUAGGAGAUUGGUGAUUAUAGUUUGGUGGAGGACUGUUGGUCGAUUUGCAAUGCUCUCUAGUUAUUGUUAUGUUGGAGUACGUCUUAGUUUAAAUAUAUGUAAAACAUGCUUUCUUAAGCGUUCGCAUAUUGUAUGAUCAAUACAUAUAUUGAAAGCAGCAACGUUCUUUAUCUCCAUUUUGA